AUGAAUGAGCUCUUUGACGAUUUUGCCAAGGCUUACAGCUCGAAAAAUGGCUACCUGCUGGCCCAGACAUUGACGCCGGUUCCGAUCUCUGGUCAACCGCACAGACUGACGCGAGUAUGGCAGAGCACCAACUCUCACAGCGUUUCGGGUGAUAUAGAGCACUUUAUCAGGAUCAACACGACCCGGAAGCAUGGCAUUGACGUUAAUGAGUUGGAAGCGUGGGUUGAGAUCUAUACAGCGUACUGGACGGCUCUUGGGGAGAUUUUGGCUGGGGAGACUGGUCAGUCUUCAUGGACCAAAGUGUAUGAAGCAUGGAGAGAGUUGACAUCCAAGACCAUCCGAGGCUAUGGCAAGGCUGGCUUCGAGGUCUGGACAUUACCCAUCUUGUACAUGAUUGGCAAAUAUCUCCGGCUGUUCGCCAUCAAGUCGGAUGAGGAGCGCAAACGCAGCUCGGUCGCUGCAACGUCCAACUCGAUGCUUAUCCAGGACGAUUUUGAUCCCGAGGCCGACCAGCAAGCCCAGCUGCGGGACUGCGAGCAGCACCUGAAGCGACUUUUCACGCUUUGCUUCACCGACCGAAACCCCCCAAUUGAGAUAUCGCGGCAAUGGGGCACCUACUAUUUCGUGAACUUGCUAUUCAAAACCUAUUUUAAGCUUAACUCGGCAUCCCUGUCGCGGACCAUUCUCACCAGCCUCAGCCAACAAACUUCGCUGCCGCAUCUGCGGGCCUUCCCCAAAUCACAGAGGGUUACCUUUAGAUACUACGAGGGCGUCCUCUUCUUCCUGGAAGAAGACUAUGUCCAGGCCGAGGAUCGAUUAACAGAGGCGUGGCAGCUGUGUGCGCACGAUGCCAAGAAUAACCUCGAGCGCAUACUGACAUAUCUCAUCCCUUGUCGCUUGCUGACAAGCCACAAGCUGCCGUCAGAGAAGCUCCUGGAGCCCUUCCCCCGCCUGAAGGAGCUUUUCUCUCCGCUGACUGAAUGCAUCCGCCGUGGCGACCUCAAGUCAUUUGAUUCGGCCCUCCAGAAGGGCGAGGACGUCUUUGUGCAGCGGCGCAUCUACCUCACGCUCGAGCGUGGACGUGACAUUGCCCUACGCAACCUUUUGCGCAAAGUUUUUGCCAUCGGAGGCUUUGUUGAGAAGAAGAACCCCAGCGACCCGGAUGUACGUCGCACACGUAUCCCCGUUGCUGAGUUCCAGGCUGCAAUUAGCAUGGCCAGCGGUGGCCAGGUCAUUGACUCCGACGAAGUCGAAUGCCUCUUGGCCAAUAUGAUCUACAAGGGUCUAAUGAAGGGAUACAUUUCACGAGAGCACGGCAUGGUCGUGCUAUCAAAGACCGGAGCAUUUCCGGGAACGGGUCUAUGA